GAAAGGAAACAUGGUAUCCAUUCAUUCCUGGGCCCACUUUUGGACCAGAUUCUGAAGGAAGAACUCUAUUCUCAUCUCACUUGUUCUUCCUGCUCACCCCAGCUCUCCUUGUAUCAAGAUUUGUAUCUCCAAUUUCACUCUGAAGUUGAGAGAAAUCCUGUGAUAUGUCGGAAAUUAAGUGGAGCGAUUAGCGUGCGUCUUCAUCAACCGACCUUGCAUCUCAGAGUUUACUAGUAGUUCAUCGAGCAGCCUUCACGGCGGAGGAUUAUCUGGUAUGGCUGGACUUUUCAUGGGCGAGGAGAGCCAGGAGCGGAUGAAUCUACGGGUGACACGGGUCUUGGUGACUGUGAGCCACCUCGCGCAUCUUACCCUGGCCCAAUUAUCCGGGAUCCGUCGGCGUAGAGACUCCGGUGUGCGGAUGUCUCUGGUGUGGGUGGCGUACCACGUGACCGAGAUAAUCACGCCAAUCGCCCUCGGCAAGGUGUUUCUCGACACCGCGACCGCGGUUAGCGAGGAGCUGAUGUUUCUCCUGCUGCACCUUGGUCGCCCGGACAACAUCACCAGCUACGCCUUGGAGCACAAUGAGCUGUCGCCGACCCAAAAGGCUGCUCUCGUCCUUGAAAUCGGAGGAGCUAUCUAUGGCUCAUACAAGCAAAGAUUUAUGCGCGGCGAUGCGGCUCUACGCGCCACCUUCUUCAUCAUGCUCUUCUUGGGCUCCUAUAAGUACGUGGAGAGGGCGGUUGCGCUACGGCGAGCUUGCUUUGACAACAUUCGUCGCUCAGCCGGGAGAAAGAAGUUACGGCGCUUCACAUUUGAGGACGAAGGCCGCAAGUGGGAUAAUGAUGAUGCCCUGCUUGAUGCUCACGGCCUUCUCGGUGUCACCAUGGGUGCCUUCGCUGACUAUCAAGUCCACCGCAGGAGGUAUGUCCCAUCCUAUUCUGGCUGGAAGGGUGUGAGCGAGGUGGUUGAGAUGGAGGCGUCGCUCAUGUACGACAUGUUGUACACCAAGGCAAGUGUGAUCCGCACUUGGGCCGGCUACAUCAUCCGUGUCCUCUCACCGCCGGCAACUGCCACGACGCUCUAUCUCUUCCACAGUAAGGAGGGCAAUGCCAUGGAGAGUGCAGAUCGGACGGUCACAUACACCUUGCUUGUUGGUACCCUGGUGUUGGAUGUGAGAUGGCUGCUGAGAGCACUAGGGUCCACCUGGACAUAUGCGUUCUUGGUAGAGCAAGGGGAAGGAAAAGAAUGGCUGCUUCCGGUUCGACGGACCUUCCCGGACAAUUUGCCACGUCAAGCUGCAAUGCAAUCAUGGUAUUGCGUCCGUCGCCUCCUCGUCUCUCUGGAUAUGUCCCGUCUCUCACUGAGAAGCGGCCCGAGUGGCCAUAGGUUGUUGUCCGGCGCGGGGCAACACAACUUGUUGCAAGAGUGUUGUACCUGUACUCCUCCUCGCCCUCCGGGCCAACUGGAGAAGCUGGUCUAUUCUUUCUUCACUGGACUUGGGAAGAAGACUGAUGAUGUCAAGGAUGAGUUGUUGGAAGCUGUGUGUACACAAGUACUGCUGGAAUCUUGCACACUCGUCGGGAUGCGUCCCAUAAGGGAACUCGAUGAUUUUAUGAGGUCUAAUGCCAGUAACUAUAGUUUUGAAAGCAACCUCAUCGCCCUGCACGUCGCCACGGGUAUUUUCCUCUUGUGCAAGCCGACUUCGAUAAAAAGUGAAGCAUCAGCCAAAUACGAGAAGCAGAUACGAGCAAUAUCAGAUUACAUGAUGUUCCUCCUCGCUGAACGCCAGCACAUGGUAUUGAGACAGGGUGACGAGGGUGUCCACUACAAAAAGGCCCGCCUCGAUUUGGAGAUAUGGAGUGAACGAGGAACCGACAAUUCUCCAACAAUAAGAGAGACCAAGCAGCUUGCCAACAUCCUUCUAGACAUGGAUGCCACUGAGGGCAGCUGCGUGCUUGGAAGAUCAAGUCAUCUUUAUGACAGAAACGAUACUCUCGGGCUUGGUGCUUACUGGGCCUUCAACCUGUUAGAUGAGCUAGAACCGGGAAAUUAUGGACGACAUCCGAUGCAGGGCCAAUACAUUCACAAACUUGAAGCUUUCAUCCCGGCAUUCACCGAUGAGGUACAAACAAAAGUUAGAGAGCAUAGGGACCGUGGGGAACAACCAGAACUCCUCGAUUGUAUGUUGCAGACCAUUCUUGUUUCAUGGGUACGUCUUCUCACCUUCACGUCCGACCAAUGCAGCAGGGAUUCCCAUGCCAAGCAGCUCAGCUGCGGCGGUGAGCUCUUAACCAUCGUCUGGCUGAUGAACCGACAAAAGUAAGUAAAUAGCAUAAAACUACUACUUUACAGGCUGUGGUUCCAAAAAACCACCGAAUUUAUUUUUUUCGCUGAUAACUAUCAAGUCAGGGGUUGGCUGUUUCAAAAAACCCCAAAUCCUCUUUGUUAAAAAAUUAAACAUGUUUAUGACAGGUCGGGCCCGCCACUAAACGCACCGUUUGGUUGACCGUUUGUUUGACCGUUAACUUAUAUGUGGGGGCCACAUGCCAGUGUCUGAAAAAGCAAUCGGGUCCCUGGAAAUUUUCUAAAAAUGCAAUCAGGUCCCUGGAAGUUUUCAAAAAAAGCAAUCAGGUCCUCCGGCGCACCCGCCAUGGCCGCGAUGCCACCUCCUCCGGACCGACGCCGUGCAUCGCCUGCAGCCGGCGAGCCACGCCCCUAGUGACCGGAUCCACGCCGCCCCUUGCCUGUGGCCGCCGCCACGCCGCCCCUCGCCUGUGGUCGCCGCCCCGCGCGUGUGGUCGCCGCCACGCUCUGCCUCGCCUGCGACAACCCCCAGGUGCUCCCCAUGGCGGGCGGCAGCACGGGACCUGAGCGGAGACCCAUGGCUGGCGGCGCCCCAGGCAGCUCCCCAUGGCGCGCGGCGGUGUGGCGACCUGAGGGGAGGGAGCGGCUCGCACGAGGUGGGCGCACGAGGGGAGUGAGCGGGUCGCCGGCGGGGUGGGCGUGACAGGGGAGGGGAAAGGGUCGCCGGCGGAGUGGGCACGCCGCCCCUCGCCUGUGGCCGCCGCCACGCCGCCCCUCGCGUGUGGUCGCCGACAGAGAGAGAGAGUACAGGAGGAAGAGGAGAGAAGGAAAGAGAAGAAGAAAAGAGAAGCUGACAUGUGGGCCCCACAUGUCAGUUAACGGUCAAACUAACGGUCAAACUAGAGCUUCGUUUAGGUGCGGGUCCCACCUUUCAUAAUCACGAUCAACUGAUAAGCACUCAGCGUUUUGGGUUUUUUGAAACAGCCGACCCCUCGUUUGGUAGUUAUCUGAGAAAAAUUAAAAACCGGUAGUUUUUUGGAACCAUAGCCUGUAAAGUAGUAGUUUUAUGCUAUUUACUCGACAAAAGUACUUUUACAAGCCAAUAAACUGACGAGCCCCCUCUGCUCUGCUCUGCUUUCUACACAAAAAAGUAGUAACUACUACUACUACUAGAUGACCUAGUGUGGCCACUGGCACAAGUACUUGAGAAGAUCGUUUUCGUUCAUUAUUAGUUCUAUCUUUCCUAUAUGUCCAGGUAUUGAA